GGAGGCGUGGUCUAGGUGAAGGACACAGAACAAGAUGGAGUCCGCCGGUGUAGGCCGCCCUUUCAGGAUGAGGAGAAACAAAAACAGAAAGCAAAGAUGAUGCUUUGCUGGACAAAGCCGGAAGCCGAAUCCACAACUGGUGACACUGACGCAAUAGUGAUAGACUUGAGAGGAAGAUUUUCAGGAGGCAGAAUGGACACAUUCAGGCAAAGAAAGUGAAAUUGUCCAGACUUCUGACAGACCACAUCGCGCAUCUGGGGUGCGGCCCCUGCAUAACUGGUUCCUAUCCCACCCUCAGUGCCUCAGGCACCACUAGUUCCUCCUCCUACCCUCCGUCCAGGAGCAAAGAGCACCCCCUUGGGCCCCCCCACUUCAUAUUCCCCACCAGCAUUCCAGCCCUGUGAAUGAUCUACACCUUAGUGGCCUCCUCAUGACAUCGUGAACAAUGACUGGUUACCCUCCUCAACUUCCAUUUGUUUGAGGCCUCUUCAAACAAAAACUGAAAUCAGCCACGCUUUGUCAAACUGAGAGAGGCACACGCAUUCAGAACCUUCACUGGCUCCGGUUUCCAGCCUCCGAGGGCUCCAUGCCAGACAGACUGAGCAUGCGGGCCACACUUGCCAUGACAGCCUGGAUGGUUUCCUUAGUUUCCAGCUAUGAAAACACAGCAAUUAGUUUGCCAGGUAUCGAAAAUGAAGAUUUCAUCAAAGACUGUGUUCGAUUUCAUAACAAGUUCCGAUCAGAAGUGAAUCCAACAGCCAGUGAUAUGCUAUACAUGACUUGGGACCCAGCACUAGCGCGAGUUGCACAAACAUGGGCAAGAAACUGUCAGUUUGUACACAACGUUCAGCUGCAUUCAAGCUACAAGCUGCAUCCAAAUUUCUCCUCUCUGGGAGAAAACAUCUGGGCUGGGUCUCUAUCCCUGUUUUCUGCAUCUUCAGCCAUCACAAACUGGUACGAAGAAGUUCAAUACUAUGACUUCAGGACUCAGAAAUGCACCAAAGUCUGUGGCCAUUACACUCAGGUUGUGUGGGCGGCUAGUUACAAAGUGGGCUGUGCAGUACAGUAUUGUUCCAGCGUUCAUGGCACUGGUAUUUCCCACGGAGCGCUUUUCAUAUGCAACUACGGACCAGGACAAUACAGAAGUUGGCCAUACAGAGAAGGGUCCACCUGCAGUGCCUGCCCCAAUGAUGACAAGUGUUUGGAUAAUCUCUGCAUUAACCCACAACGAGACAAAGUCACACGUUACUACUCUGUUGUGUAUCCUGACUGGCCAGUAUCUGUGCGCAACAGGAACUUAUCUCUCUUUCUCAUUGUUAGUCCACCAAUCCUAAUACUGGGUGUCAUAAUGACCAUUUGGGUCAAGCACAGAUACCCUCAGUUCUUUUGAACUAAAUCCAGAAAAAAACUGCAACUCAUUCAUGUAUGGCUUUAAAAAAAUAACGGUUGUAUUUAUUUUUUAUUUUAAAAUAUUUCAGAAAAAAAUGUUGUUGCAAUAAACCCUUCAUCAAAAGAAAAA